AUGCAGUGUACUUUCUUAUUCGUGCAUAUGUGGAAAUAAAAUGGCUAAUAAUAAUUACGAGUUUAACGAUUUUGUUCAAAACUAUCCUAUUUUAUUUUUGAAUAGUGAUAUACCCGAAUUGUGGCAACCUGUGCUGGCUAGUGUCUUAAAUAACAAGAUCGAGAGUUUAGAAAAUAUAGUGUCGCAUUUAAGAGAAGAAACAGUUGAAUGGGUUCCAUCAAGUGAAGAAAUAUGGACUUUUACGAAAUUUUGCUGUCCUUGCUGUGUUAAAGUUAUUAUUGUUGGUCAAGAUCCACCUUGUGAUGCUAGUGGUUUAGCAUUCAGUAGUAGAGAAACCAUUUAUGAUUCUACAGUAAAUAUAUUAGAUGAAGUUAAAAGAGAUAUAGGUGCAGAAAAUCUCAGACCAUUUCCAAGAGAAUAUGGAAAUCUAGAAUAUUGGGCCAGGCAGGGAGUACUGCUUUUAAAUUCAGCUCUCACCAAAUCCAUUGGUGGCGACUCCCACCUCUCUAUAGGCUGGCAAGAUAUAACUGGAGAAUUGAUUAAACAACUACAAAAUAGUAAUGAGAAAAUAGUAUUUAUGUUUUGGGGAUGGUAUGCCAGGACCUUAGACAUAAACGUCGGGAAAAUUGUGGUGAAUGACUUGUGCAACAUCCUAAAAGCCGGACAUCCCUCUUCUAGAAAUGAUAAGAACGACUUUCUCGGGUGUCGACAUUUUUCACAAGCAAAUAAAUGGUUAAAACAACAUAAUAUUGAUGAAAUUGAUUGGUGCCCUGUUCCAAAACUUUGUGCGCACUUAGGUGAUUUUGGUGAAUAAUUUAGAUGAAAUUGUAUCUGUUAUUUAUUUUUUUAUACUAUAGUUAUUAGUAAAAAGCUGAUAAAAUAAAAAGAAAAUAUUCAAAAAAUGCAAAUUUUUUAUAAAAAAAAUGUAAAAUUAGAUAAUGCGUAAAAGAUGCAAAUGAUGAUGCAG